AUGCUUGCUAGAAUUAUUGGACCGUCAACCCAGUCGUACGAAAAGUGGUGUAAACGGAAUUCCGAACAUCCGAUCAUCGAAACAAUUGGAAGUGAGGCAGAGCAAGCACGAUUAUUAUGGAUAGGCAGCAAACACCCUAAAAGAGUAAUCUUAUAUCUUCAUGGAGGAGGAUUUUGGCUACCGAUGGCUGAUUAUUCGGUUAAAUUUUGGCGAUACAUUCGAGAUGCACUGCUCCACCAGAAAGGAAUCGAUGCCAGCAUAGCAAUCCUGGAUUAUACUUUAAUACCCGAAGCCGAGUUUCCAACACCUCUCAAACAGACAGUAGCCGCUAUACAUCAUCUUUUAUCCAAUGGAGUCCUAGCGGGAAAUAUCCAAAUCGCAGGAGAUUCAGCUGGUGCCAACUUGGUGCUACAGUUGAUCCUUCACAUGCUUCACCCAUUGGAAGACGUACCCAGUGUGCCCGCAGAAACAAAGUUCUGCGGAGCGUACCUCAUGUCUCCGUGGCUGUAUCUCCGAGUGCGAAAAGGCGUCAAAUCGUACAGCGAGAAUGAAAAAUGGGACGUGAUCGCUCCAACUUCCAAAUUUACAGAAUUCGGAGACAGGGUGCUGGCCGGCCUGUCAGACGAUGCAAUUCUGCCUUAUAUCGACGCAGCCUCUGCACCUCCUGGGUGGUAUUCAAAUGCUGAAAGCAUUGUCGAUAGAGUGCUGAUAACGGGUGGAGGAAAAGAGUGCAUUCGAGACGACAUUGUAGAGUUUGGUGAAGCAUUUUGCAAGGAGCAUUCCGGGGCGCAAUUAGUCAUCGAUGAAUAUGGUGUUCAUGAUGAUCCAUUUUAUGACUUUCUGGUCGGCGAGAAGAAGCUAUCAGAACUGACUCCAAAGAUACUUCAGUGGUUGGCAGAAGGUUUCAAGUUGUCGGACGACUAG